GGAUGCGAGAGACGGAGCGCGGCACAAGCACGGGGACUGUCCUUCUAUUUAAACCGGUGCCGAGCAGCACAAUAGCAGACAUCAGCAUCCCCUCAUCUCCAUCUUUUGGAUUGGAUCUUAUAAGAGAACAUCUCUAAAGCAAUAACGCAUAAAUAAGGUUGCGUUUGUGUGACCAGCCAUGAUCCUGAACGCCUCUGACCUGGGCUGGGAUGAGUCCUCAGGUGCUGACCCCUUCCUCCCCUUGGACCAGCUGGAUGGCCCGUCUUCAUACGAGGUGCCGCCCCUCACGGUGUGGGGCGUGGCCCUGUGUGUUUCCGGAACUCUCAUCGCCACCGAGAACGCCAUCGUCGUCACCACGAUCCUGGCCACGCCGUCCCUGCGCGCCCCCGUGUUCCUGCUGCUGAUCAGCCUGGGGCUGGCAGACCUCCUGGCGGGCGUCGCCCUCGUCCUCCAGUUCCUCUUCGUUUUCUGUGUGGAGCCCAGUGAUUGGUCAGAGCUGUUGACCUCGGGACUGCUGGUGACGUCGCUGACCGCCUCGCUCUGCAGCCUGAUGGGCGUGGCCCUGGACCGGUACCUGUCUCUUAGCCACGCCCUCACCUACGGAUCGGGACAAUCCCGCCGCAGAGCCGCGGGCCUCCUGCUGCUGGUGUGGCUGGGCGCCUGUGUGAUCGGAGCGGGGCCUGCGAUGGGCUGGCACUGCCUCGGGGAGCCGGACUCCUGCUCUGUGGCUCGACCCCUGACGCGGACAUACCUGUCGCUGCUGUGUGGGGGCUUCCUGGUGGUUGUCAUGGUCACCCUGCAGCUGUACGUCGGGAUCUGCCGCGUGGCCAGGCGGCACGCCCACGCCAUCGCCACCCAGAGGCACUUCCAGACAGCCAACCACUCAUAUGCAAGCCAUCACAGCAGUGGGCGGGGCUUCUCCCGGCUGAUCCUGGUGCUCAGUGUGUUUGUGGGCUGCUGGAUGCCUUUCUCCCUCUGGGGGCUGCUGGGAGACGCCUCCAGCUCCCCUCUGUACACCUAUGUCAUGUUGGUGCCAGCCGCCGGCAGCUCCCUGCUGAACCCCAUCCUCUACAGUCUGAGGAACAAAGACAUCCGCAAGGUGCUGCUUCAGGCCUGCUGCCCCCACAGAUGCCAGCACAAUGCACAGAUACACUACCCAGUGGAUGUGUAGACUGCACAACCUCGCCAGAGUCUGACCGACACACAAUCUAUGCGAGACAUAUCACUGUUUGUGUGCCAAGAUACACACAUUGCUGCAUUGACUGUAAUCCAGAUCCACACACACACACUCCCACACACACAGGCAGCAAUUCCAUGAGAGCAGAUGUCCUCCUGCAGAUCAGAAUGUACUGGACUGUCCUGAAAAGAGACAUGAUGGAACAGCCCUGCUGUUUCCAAAAAGAUUAAACGUACUGUCUUCUUGUGUGUACUUUGUGCCUCAUCCACAGUCAAUUGUAGCUCCCCCAAAAAGAAACAAUCACAGGGGUCUUGUAUUUAUAACCCCACUCUUAUAAAAGUGGAUUUAAUGACCAUCGGCACUUUAAGACAAAAUAAGGGAUGGGUUUUGAAAUGAAAGCCUAUCACAGUGUAAUGAGAAAAGAUCCAAAGCCCACUUCUAUUUACUUGAAUAUCUGGAAAACACGGUGUUCUGGAUCUUUGAGAUUCUAUUUUGCACAUGCUGUUAUAGGCACUUUGAAAGGUACUGACCAUAUGUUCGUGUUGCACAACCUUUUUUGAAAUGAAUGAAUAUUUUAUACGAAUGAAUA